AUGUUUCGGAUACGCAAGACGUGCCUGGAAAUGCUGGCUGACAGGGGCUACUUGAUCACCGAGGAGGAGCGUGACGCCACGCGGGAUCAGUUCACCGACAAGUACGGGCCAGACAUCCGGCGGGAGGACCUGACCGACGACCCCACCGAGCAGAUCUUUGUCUUCUUCCCGGAGGAGGCCAAGGUGGGGGUCAAGACCAUCAAGCUGCUGGCGGAGCGGAUGCGCAACGAGGGCGUGCAGCGCGCCGUCAUGGUCACCCAGGCCAACAUGACGCCCUUCGCCAAGCAGUGCCUGUCGGAGAUGGCGCCCAAGUACUACAUCGAGCUGUUCCAGGAGGCGGAGCUGCUGGUGAACAUCACCAAGCACACGCUGGUGCCGCAGCACCGCAUCCUGACGCGCGAGGAGAAGCAGACGCUGCUGGACCGCUACAAGGUCAAGGACACCCAGCUGCCGCGCAUUCAGUUCAGCGACCCCGUGGCCCGCUACUUUGGCAUGACGCGCGGCCAGGUGGUGCGCAUCGUGCGCCCCUCUGAGACGGCAGGGCGCUACGUAACUUACCGCUUGUGCGUGUGA